UAUGCGUGUGUAUGAGAACACAGAUCAUGGCCGAGCCACGACUUCUGACUCUUUCUUAGUCUGCACAUCUACUAUUCCACCACCACCAAACCCACGAAAUAUUCAGCGUUUUUCAACACCAUUCGGUGAACUACUAUAUAUUUCCACGAUUUCAGCAUUCAGAAUACUUUGUCCAUCACGCAACUUGAUUCGUUACAUGUGAAUUCUGUUUUUUGAAUAGUUUUAAACUGGCAUGUUUCAGGAACUCGAAGUGCUUCAGUUUGGUUGAAAUAAUUCAGUUCAAUUUAGGGCAAGUGGAUUCUUUACACCUUAGUUUGAUUUCUUCAGAACUUAAAUUUAGUUUGUAUGCCCUCAUGAACACUGUAUUUGUUCAAUCUACAAUUAACUUAGCAAUUUGCGAGUAUAAUUCUCUAGAUUGUCUUUAAUUUCUGAAAUUUCCAAAAAUUGGAAUAGUUUAUUUUGUUUCUUACUGGAAGACCUUUCUUUUGCUUGACUAAUGGUCCACCAGAAAUAUAUAUGGACACGCGAUCUUACAAUAAAUAGUUCUCCAAAAAAAGAGAAGGAAAAAAAAAAAAGCUUUUAAGAAACAUGGAUAAAUAUAUAUGUACCGAAUUUCGGUUUCUUAAUUGAUUAUCUACUCUCACAUGCACAUGAACCUCGCGUGCAUUUAAAAAUUCCGGUGUGUGGGACCAGCCCUCCUAUUGUGUGCGUAGGUAAAACAUUCGGUAAAAAAGUGGAUGUACAUCUAGCAUUGUCCAAGAAACAUAUACUUAAAUAUAUAAUUCAUCCAGGGCAAACUGAGAAUGAAAAAUGCUGUAUUUUUAUUUAUCAAGGUAAGGCAUGAAGAUUCUUAUUAUUUUUUUUUUUUCCCUUAUCGUGAUUGCUGUUUGAAAGGCUUGGAGGGAUAUGAAAUCUGAUUGGUGAAGAAAUUUGAACGGGUAAAGCAGAUGAUGGCUAAUUGAAAUGUCUAAACCAGUUUCUUGCCCAGAUUGAGGGGUGGUAGUGUUGAAUACAUAAGAUUAUUGUCAUACACUGCACAAGGCCAUGAGUUGUAGCUGCUUUGGUGCAUUCUCUGGCCAGAAGAAGUAUGAUAAUCGUGCUAUUCAGUCCACACAGGGCCAAGAAGGGAACUCAAUGGCACUAACAAAAAAUUUCUCAUACAAUGAAUUAAGAAUAGCUACGGAGAACUUUCAUCAAAGGAACAAAAUAGGGCGAGGAGGUUUCGGGACAGUUUACAAGGGAAUUCUCAAAAAUCAGACAAGAGUUGCUGUGAAGACACUUUCUGCUGAGUCAAAGCAGGGAGAGCGCGAGUUUUUAACUGAAAUUGAGACUAUAUCCAAUGUUAAACAUCCAAACCUUGUUGAAUUACUUGGAUGCUGUCUUCAUGAAAGUAACCGAAUUUUGAUAUAUGAAUAUUUAGAAAAUAACAGCCUAGAUCGUGCAUUAUUAGGUUCAAGGAGGACUAUAAAUUUAGACUGGAAAAAAAGAUCUGCUAUCUGCAUGGGUACGGCCAGAGGUCUUGCCUAUCUUCAUGAAGAAAUUGUGCCGCACAUUGUUCAUCGAGACGUCAAAGCUAGCAAUAUACUUCUUGACAGAAACUUUGAACCCAAAAUUGGAGACUUUGGAUUGGCUAAACUUUUUCCUGAUGAUAUUACCCACAUCAGCACAAAAGUAGCAGGAACCACUGGUUACCUGGCACCUGAGUAUGCGUUAGGUGGUCAGUUAACAAUGAAGGCUGACGUAUAUAGCUUUGGUGUUCUAACACUUGAAAUUGUAAGCGGCAGGGGUAGUGGAAAUACUUAUUUUGGAGGAAUGCAAAAGUUACUCGUAGAAUGGGCGUAUGAGCUUUAUGAAGAAGAAAGGCUAUUGGAGUUAGUAGACCCAGAACUCGAGGAGUUUCCCAAGGAAGAAGUUCUCAGGUACAUGAAAGUGGCUCUCUUCUGCACCCAAGCAAAUGCAAGCAGAAGGCCAGUGAUGAGUCAGGUUAUGGAAAUGCUCUCUAGAAAUGUACGGCUUAAUGAAAAGGAACUUACACCUCCUGGAUUCUUUCAAAGUUCAGGUCAGGUAACUGAUACAACUUUAAAGAAUAAAUCAUCUGAAAGUUCGACAAGCCAACAGAUGAGCUCCUUUCCCCUCAGUAUUACUCAGGUGACUCCCAGAUGAAGCUUCACAGAAAUCCUCCGGUGUAUCUUACGACCUGCACUAGUUUAACACAAAUGACAAUUGAUGGCAAAGAAUGCAGGAAGAACUUGUUAAAUUGUAGCUCAUUCAAAUUCCAUCUUAGCCGGUAUUUUUGGCGGCCCUUUUUUUUUUGCAAUAUUUUUUCAUGCGAGCUUGGUGUGAGGGAUAUUAUUUGAGGUGUACACACAUACACAGAGAGUGACAUUGAUCAAUGAGGUUCUAAUAUUUUGUAUCUACAUGUACAUGCUACCUCUGAAAUAUAUAUGAUUUUUAAUAUAUAGUUUAUAAUUGAAUUGUGGCA